CCCAGCGACGCGUUCAUGGGAGCGGACCAACUUCCGGUUUGGGUCCAGCUGCAUGUUAGAGCGUUGAACGCACCUUUCUAUAGCUGCGACCGGAGACACGUUGCGGGGUUAAGACUGCGUCUUUCCCACGUGCAAAUCCCUAGGAACACCAGAGCCGGAGGAGGACUGAGGCUAGAUAUGAUUGUGGCCACUGGUGAGUGAUGGUGCAAGGAUGGCAAAAAUUAGAACUAAAGAAUCGAAAGCCGCAGCAGGCAACUCCACAGCUAUACCUGAGAGUUUAAAAAAACAACAUAGGAAGGAGAAGAAAAGAUUGUUUUGGAAAAAGAAAAUCAAGCAGGUGGGGAAGAGAACACGAAAGGAUUCCAAAGCCUUGGCAGAUUUGCCUCCGAAAACUCCCCAGGACAUUUCAUGUAACUGGAAGGCCUUGCAGGAGCUUCUGAAACAAAAGGCUGCUGUUUUGGAUUCUGCUCUGGCAGCCCCCAACACGUAUUCCAAGAAAAAAAACAUAGCCAAAGAGAGAGAAGCUGGCCCCAAAAUUCCAACGGUGCUGAAUGGAACUGGAAAGGUGAUGACAUUCCAGCCAAGGGACAAGGCCAAGAAGAAUCAGGCUGAACCUUGUGUUCAAACAGAUGUUGCCAAAUCUGAAAAGCCCUCACAGGGCAAGAACUCGCAGCGGGCUCAGGAGGGUGGAAAAGACUCCAAGAGAGGCCAGAAGAGGACCGAAACUGAGAGGAAACGAGGAGACAUCAAACAUAAGAGGAGGAAAACUGAGGAGCAGGUGGAGCAGACUCCAGCAGAUAUCUGGUUUGAUGAUGUCGAUCCAGAUGAUAUUGAGGCAGCCUUGGGUCCAGAAGCAGCAAAUGUUGCCCGGAAAAAUCUGGGCAUCCAAGAAGAGAGGCUCCAGCAGCUGGCAGAAGAGGCACUGGUUAAAGAGAAGGCUUUUGAAGGCCUGACUAAAGCUGUAGCCAUGGACUGUGAAAUGGUGGGUGUGGGACCCACGGGCGAAGACAGCAUCGUGGCCCGUGUGUCCAUCGUGAACCUGUUUGGCAAGUGUGUGUACGACAAGUACAUCAAGGCUACGGAAAAAGUGACAGACUAUAGGACAGCCGUUAGCGGGAUUCGGCCUGAAAACUUAAAGACAGGGGAAGAUUUUAAAGUUGUUCAGAAGGAGGUGGCUGACAUCCUAAGAGGAAGGAUCCUCGUUGGGCACGCUCUCCACAAUGACCUGAAGAUCCUGUUUCUUGACCACCCCAAAAAGAAAAUCCGGGAUACGCAAAGAUACAAGCCUUUCAAACAACAGGUCAAGAGUGGGAAGCCAUCUCUGAAACUGCUCUGUGAGAAACUGCUGAAUGUGAAGGUGCAGGCUUCUGAACACAGUUCGAUUCAAGAUGCACAGGCAGCAAUGAGACUGUACACGAUGGUGAAAAAGCAGUGGGAAGCAUCACUCAAAGAAAAACCAAAUGCAAAGAAAGAAUAAAUCUGGCUAUUUCUGGACUUGCCUUACUUGCUCUGCUCCCCAGCACUGACUGACGAAAAGCUCUGAAGCAUCAAGAUGGCCUUUUCUCAAAUCAAUUUGCCCUCAGUCACCAUAAAAAUAAAUUAAUCUGAAGUUAUUUAGUUAUGAAACAUUUAUUCGGAUGCCUCUGUGAUUGAAGAUGUCCUGGAGCCUUCUGUGUCGGCUAUCAUUAAGCUUGGGAGAUAGGGAAAUACAGUCAUUUUCUUAACUGCAACCCUGUUCUGGUUACCUUCUGCUAUGCUAUUUGAUGUCCUGUUCAAGGGUAGCACAAGCCCAAAGAGUAAACUAGUGACAUCGAGCCCAGAUUUCUCUCCAGAUGUGAUUUGCAAAGACAGAAACAGCAGUCUCUCCCCAUACCCCCUUUUGUAUUUAGCCUUUUGCUUCUUUGUUUAUACAGCCAAAUUAUCACAAUUUUGAAAAAAUAUGAACAUUUCCCCAGCCGUGAGUGCACCUGUUUUGAACUCCUGAUGAGAUAAAUUGGGUUGCUGCUUCUGAACAGGCUGUUGAAAUUAGACAGCCUCUUCCCUUAAAGGGAAACAUGAGCCAGCCACAAUGCUGUUCGUAUUCUUUGCUGCUGGUGUAUAGACCAGUAGAUGGGGAGCAAGGGACUAGGUUAUUUGCUGCUGGGAAGGUGAAUCUCUUGAAAGGUGAGCAACUGUGGCAUGUACACUCUAGCAUCCUUUGACAUCAGGUGUCUUGGUCAUCGCACAAGACUGUUGGAAGCAAAAAGAGGCACCUGGAGCCAUUUGCCUGAGCUCUAGGCAAAAUCUAUACAAAUGUUAAAAUCUAUGUAAACUUGUUUGCGCAAGCUGGAACAAUUGGGCAAUGGGUAAUGAGCAACGAAAAUCCACGCACUUCAUGUUUCUGCGACAGCUUCACUUGUAAACACUGGUAGUCAGUUGGCUCUUGAUGCCUUUCAGGUCACCAGUUGCUUUCUCUGGCCAGCAUCCAAAGAGGUACAGAACUAGUUCUGCAAGCAUAAGGGAAGGUUUAGGCAUCCCCCCCCCUUCAAAUAACAGCCAUCUCCAUGGUGUAUGGCAACCUGCCUUUGAAACGGAGGUGUUUCAAGAGCAGAUAGCAAAAUAGCAUUUGGAUCAGCGGUUAAAGCAAAGCCAAAAAAACCCUCAUCACGUUAGUUCAAGUACCACACGUGAAGAAAUAGCUAUUUUCAACACCAGGUACUGAGAGCCAAAGUACAUGUCAUGUCUUGAUUGGAUUUCCCAAUUAUUCUUUAAAUGGAUUUAUUGCCUAACUGAAGGGCUGCAGAGUCUCAUCUGAUUUCAUAUUUAUUGACUGUGUAACAAUUCUUAACACUGUUUUGUAUAAUAAGAAUAGAUAGAAGGCCCAAAAUCCCCCCCCAAAUGUAGCAUGCUCCUUGAAUCCUGUUGGCAUUCAUCUUUGCAAGUAGCUGAUUUACAUUCGCUUUUUGUCAAGGAAGGGCUUCCUGCAGUGAGCCAUGCCUCGUUUCAGGUAAGGUACCCUGCAGGUAUGGGAUAAAAUAUUAUUUUUUAAAAAAAUACUUCUGA